GCCGAUGGGCUUGGCGCAAGCUCAAUCCGGGAUUCUGAACGACUGGAACACUUUGUAUCCGUUUUACUUAACAGCCAAUGGAGUACUCGGUCAUGCAGUUAUGGCGCCGCAUAUGUUUAUUCUCAUGCUGGUGUUCUUUCUGUCUACCUGUUUCAAACAAUUAGCCUGUGAAAUCGGCCGCAGCGCAACGAAACCUGGAAUUUUUCCUGCAGAUUUCGUUCAGAAAUUUCGCCAGUAUACCGGUGUAUUGCGAUACUUUAACGGGACGUUUGGUUAUUUACUACUGUUUAGCUGUGUGCAGGACUUAGUUGAGGUGGUCUCGAUGAUUGCCUGGGCGUUGCGACCGAUUACCGAACGAGAUGCCAAGGAAGAUCUGGAAACGUUUGCCAUUCGAAUGGAAAUCAACCGCACCGGCGAUUUGUUUCGCUAUUUAACGGGAUCAAUGCAGAUUGCUACGAUGUUGAUUCGGCUGUGCAUUCUGAUUAAAUGCAAUGAAAAGGUAAAGCGUGUUAAAAGGGAACUAGAGGUUCUCAGGGAUGAAACCGGGAUCGACGAGGAAACUGACUUAUUUAUUGCCAAGUUUGUAAUGGAAAUUGACACCACUCGAACUACCGCUGUUUCGGCUGGAGGAUUCUUUUGCAUCACACGGGAAUACCUUGUUACGAUUGUGGGAGUACUGUUGACCUACUUUAUCCUCCUGUAUCAAACGCACGACUCCGGAAGAGACAUGCAGGCACUGCUGAAGACGGAGGUGUUCACCACGCAAAUGAACGCCGUUCUACGGAAUAUCACAGCAGGGAUACUGGAAUUUCGCAAAUGACGACUGCAGAGAUGUUAAUUGUUCGCUAACCGCAUAUUCGUUCGAAGUGAGGCAUGCUUUGUAACGCAACGUAAAAGUGAACGAAACACGAAACUGUGUAUAAAAUUUGGUUUAGUUUUUUAGCGC